AUGGCGAGGCUCGGUACUGGCGUUGCCCUCCUGCUGGUGCUGUGCAGCGGUGCCGCCCUGGCCGCUCCCCUGCGCGUCGCUGGCGUGUCUAAGCCCUUCUCAAGUGCCACCGGCCGCCGGCUGCUGGGGCAGGACUGGUUCGGGCACGGCCGCCUGUCCAGCUUCUUGGCUAACCGCUGGCUGGCGCACCGCGGCAUUACCACUGCAACCGCCACGGCCACAGCGACUGCCACCACCCUCAGCGGCGACCCCACCCUCAACAGCCUUAUCCGCACCGACGCAUUCGCUGCUGCGCGCGCCAUCACGGGGCCCGGCAUGGACAUGGACCAGGCCGCGUGGUCGCUGAUGAGCGCCGCGCAGGCCGGCGCCACGGCGGCCGUGGGCAACGUGUUUGCCCACACCGCGGUCCUGGACCAGGGCUGCUUUACCGAGGUGUUUGCGAAGAGCGCCGCCACCGCCAUGAACGAGGGCGCCGACAUGCAGGCAGGCUUUUCGUCAGCCACGGCGGCGGCGUUUGCGGCGGCCAGCGCACAGGGCAGCAUCCCAAGCUUCGCCAUGGGGGUGGCUGACGCUAUGGCGCAGGCACGCAGCUCAUGGGGCAGCGAGUUUGGCUCCGAGUUUGCCAGGAUGGUUGGUUCCGCCAUGGCCCAGGCUGUGGCCGCGGGCAACGAUGGCGCAGUUGUGGAGGCCACCGCUUCUGUAUUCUGCAGCGGGACCACCGCGCAGGCGCAGGCGUGGAGCGAGGCGGUGGCGCAGAGCGUGAGGGUCAACCCUGUGACGGGCUGCGUGAUUGUUCAGCGCGUGGUGGCACGCGCUCAGGCCAUGUGCACCAACGGCGUCGCGACAGCCACUGCCCAGAGCUUUGUGACGCGCCAGGUGCUGCCGGGCACCUGCAACGUCUUUGGCUGGACCACUGGCGGCUCCUUCCCCGCUCAGCAGCAGGGCGGAGCACGCGCGUUUGCCAGCGCCCAGAGCUCAUCUACCUUUGGUGGCGCCGCCUCAUCGGUGGCAGCCAGUGUUCAACAGUUCCCGUAA